AUGAAUGAUAAGUUAAUUAAGGACCAGCUCUACAAGAAUAACAAAAAUUAUGAUUUGGUCGACAGCUUACCUUUUGUCGACACUGUUUCCGUGGAGCUUGCUCCAAAGGUCAAUGAUCUUAUCGCAGAUGAAAUGAAGUUGAUUUUGGAGGAGCGUAAUUGUUCGGAAUCUGAGCUCUUGGCUAACUAUUUGUCGGACUUUACACAUAAAAUUGUUGAGAAUCGCAAUAUUUUAAAUGAUGGUGAUGGUAUGGACUUUACUAAGUAUGAUGGUUUGGGCGACGAUAAGGAUUUGAAGGCUAAAAUGAACCAUUUGAAGAUGCUGAUGGAAUAUUCUCAGGAUUCCUUAAUAAAUCUUGAGCUUAUGGACCGUUAUAAAGAGUCUUGUUGGCUAAAUUAUCUCGAUUCGCUGACACUUCUUAAGCUUAGGUUGGAGAAAGAAAAGAAUAAAUUGGAUGGAAUGUUGGAGGAAGUGAAUAAGAGGCGUAAACUGUCACAAAUUGAAACCGCCAACAAGCUCCGAUCAUUAUAUCAAAAUACUCAAGACUACAACCACAAGAAUGUUGAAUUAUUGACGGCAAUUGAACAGUUACAGAAGAAUAAACACGUCAAUUACGACGACCCGUGA